UCACAGCUGAUUCUAGUACAAAUCAUGCUGAAUGAGAGGCAGUAAAGCUGCGAAAAUUCGAUUUUAUACUGGAUAGUCAGGGACACGUAAAUGCUACAUACUCUUUCUAUCUAGUGUAAAAUCAGACUCUCACAGCUUCACUGUCUCGCUGAGUAUAGUUUGUAUCUAUUAGAGUCGGUUGCGUCUAUAUUCUGAGCAGUUGUGAUGCUUUUUGGCUCUCUUUUCUUUCGCUGCAAUCUAACAUCUAUGUUUAUACAUGGACAUACAAUAUAAGACGUUUAUUUAACUGUAAUUUUAAUAUAUGGCGCUUAUAAGUAUUAAGAUUUUAAGUGUGAUUCAAAAUGGUUUGUGAGAAGUGUGAGAAGAAAUUGGGAAGAGUGAUAACUCCAGAUCCAUGGAAAUCUGGUGCAAGGAAUACUGUAGAAAGUGGAGGGCGUAAAGUAGGAGAGAAUAAAGCACUCUCUGCAGGAAAGGCAAGAUUUAAUCCAUACACCACAGCUUUUGAAACUUGUAGAAUAUGCAGGCAGAAAGUACAUCAAGUUGGAUCGCAUUAUUGUCAAUCGUGUGCAUAUAAGAAAGCUAUAUGUGCAAUGUGUGGUAAAAAACUAAUGAGUACAAAAAAUUACAAACAGUCUGCUACUUAAAUUGUUUUGAAGAUCGUUUUGUAAAUUCUCAUUAUAAUAAUUAUGUCUGUGUAAAGGAAUUAAUUUUUUAUUAAGAAAUAUAUUUGUGUUGAUAAUAAAAAUAAAUAAACAAAUGCUUUUUUUAAAAUAGUUUUGC